AGCUCAACUUAGGUCAGUUGAAUUGGCUUUACUUGCGCAAUGGAAUGCUAACAGGGCAACAAAUGCUAAUUACAAGAGCCGUGGCAAGCAGUGUAACUUUUGACUAACAUGAGAUGUUGUGUUGAACCAGCCAACCUGAUCUGUUCUAAUUCAUAUUCUUCCUGCUGUGGCAUAAUGUAGGCUAUACCAAUUCCACAAUUGCUAAUGUGCUAGCAGAUGCUAAUGGCUAAAGUGGAACUUGGGAAUAGCUAGCCUUUAACCUUAGAGGUGACGGAAACCCUGCUGCAGCAAGUUUGCAUAACUUGGUUUGCAUAAUUUCAAAUCAAGUUUCUGUACCUCAAGUGAAGUCUCAAGCCUUUGCUGUCCAAGUCAAGUGGCAAGUGCUCACUAACAUGCCUGAGUCAAGGCUAAAUUCUUGACAGGAGCCCAAGUCACAUGACCCUCUGCUGAUAGCCGUGGCGACAAACAAACGUUGGCUCAUUUAUUAUAAUCAUCACAUGGUUUCAAGGAACUCAAGAGAAUAGGAGGAAGCAACCAAUCGGACAUGAAUUUCACAUCACAUGACCAUGACUCAGAGAUCUAAGUGGUUUCACUUGUGAGGAAGUUGGUGUUUCAGGCAGACAAAUGGAGCGCAGAGUUGAUUUGCAGAGAGAAUGUUUCACCUGUUCGAUCUGUCUGGACAUACUGGAUGAACCUGUCACUCUUCACUGUGGACACAGCUUCUGUAAAACCUGUGUUGAAGGUUCCUGGAAUGACAAGAACAUCUACAAGUGUCCUCACUGCCGAAAGACCUUCUCACCGAGGCCGGUCCUGCAGAAGAACAUCAUGCUAGCGGAGAUAGUGGAGGAGCUGAAGAAGACUGGACUCCACACUGCUGACCCCAGCUGUGCUGGAGAUGUGGCCUGUGAGUCCUGCACUGAGCGGAUGCAGGAAGUGCUCAAGUCCUGUAUGAUGUGUCUGGUCUCUUACUGUGACCGACACCUUCAGCCUCAUCUGGAAGAGCCAACCUUCAGGAGACAUUCGCUGGUACACGCUCACAAGCAGCUCCAGGAGACCGACUGCUGUCAUGACGGUGUCUGUACUGAAGACCAACCUAAAGAGCACAACGCGGUCUUGUCCGCAGAAGAGAGAAGAGAGCCAGAGAAAGAGCUGGAUCUGAUUCGACAAAGGAUCCAACAGAGGAUCCAGGUGACAUAUGACGAUGCGAAGCUGCUUCAGAGCGAGGAGAAGGAGAUCGCUGUCUCGGCUGAUAGAGCAGUGAGGGACAGUCAAAAGAUCCUCAACCACUUAUUCCAUAGUGUGGAGCAGCAGAUCAGAGCCAGGCAGCAGAUUGAAGCUCGUCGAGUCCGAGGCCUUCAGGAGCAGCUGGAGCAGGAGAUCGCUGAGCUGGAGAUGAAAGAUUUUCAGCUGCAUCAUCUGUCAUACUUGGACAGCUACACUAUUCUCCAGAACUUGCCACUCUCAGAGCCCAAUGAGGAGACGCUCAACACCAGGGCCCGCGUCCACCAUCAUUGCGGCUUUGAGGAAGUGGCAGCUGUCGUGUCGGCCAGCAAAGUCAAACUCCAGGACUUCAUGAGAGACCAGUGGACCAAAAUCUCAUUGAUGCUCACUCCAGACCAGCGCUUGUUGUCAGAGGACGAACCAAAGACCCGAGCUGAGUUCCUCAAGUACUCACAGGACAUCACUCUGGAUCCAAACACUGCAAGCUCAAGGUUGUUUUUGUCUGAAGGGAAAAGGAAACUGACAAACAUGAGAAACGGUCAGUCCACUCACCAUCACCCAGACAGAUUCACCGACUUUCUUCAGGUCCUGAGUAAAGAGAGCCUGACUAGCCGUUGUUAUUGGGAGGUGGAGUGGACAGGAGAAGUUGAAGUAGCAGUCACAUACAGGAACAUCAGCAGAUCAGCAGCCGGAAGUAGAUUUGGAUUCAAUGACAAAUCUUGGUCUUUAUGUUGUUUCAAUUCGGGUUGUUCAUUUACACACAAUAGCAUCAUAACAGAACUCUCAAACGUUCCGUCCUCCAGAAUAGGAGUGUACCUGGAUCACUAUGCAGGUCUUUUGUCCUUCUACAGAGUCUAUAAAACCAUGACCCUCCUCCACAGAGUCCGCACCAGGUUCACUCAGCCUCUACAUGCUGGAGUCUCUGUUUGGUUCCAGUCUACGUCAGAGUUCCCUAUCCUGAACUAGAAGGACUGUGUCUUGCAAACUCUUCUUGAAAGUUGUUGGUUUCUCUUUUUCUCAGGGACACUAACUGCCCUUUUGUACCUGUGGUUUGAAGCUUUCUGUUUUUGGUUAUUUUGAAUGUGCUUGUGUAUAACUUUUCUCCUUUGAAAGAUUAGUCUGCAUGAUUUAAGUAGCUUUUUGCGUGAAACUGUGGUCGAUCUGAUGAAGUGGAGUGUUUUAUUAUUAAGUAUUUUGUUUUUCUUGAUGUUCUUCACAUGACAUUUGUCUUUCUUUCAUUUGUUUUUCUUUCGUCGCUUCAUGUUAUGUUGUAUGUGUAGUAGUAGUUUUUGUGUGUGUGCAUUUCUUUGGGUAAUGUAUUCAUGUAUUUUUUUUGGUUUGGUUUAUUUAGUUCGUUGCGUCACAGGUAUAUUUUUUGUGUAAGUUUAUAGUUUAUUUGUAUUCUGAACAGUUUAGUUAACUGUGAGUUUCAAGCAGAUGGUUGUGAGAAGUUAAAUCAAAUUCUGGACAUGGUCUUGCUCCUUUCACCGCAGGUUCAGUGUAUUUUUUAAAUAUUUGUUUGGGAUCUGCUGAUCACCUUUAAUUUAGCUGAUGUUGUUUUGUUAUUACUGUAUCAUUUAAAUGAAAUGCACAUGAACAAUGUUAUGAAAGAAAUGGGUCAUGCAUAGACGGUGGUGAAUGGAAACAAGAUUAAAAAUGUAUGUUACCAUUUAAAAAUGGUUUAUUUGAAUGUGUGGUUGCUGCAGUGUGCUAAUAUACAGUAUAUUCUCAUGGCUAAACUGUAAAUGCUUGUGGUUCAUUUUCGAUGAUGUUUCCUUGAUGUGCAACCUUCAUAAAUGAUGAAGAAACUUUCAUGAGUGAGAGGCGGUGAAGCGUGUCUCUCAUUACCACCAUCAUUGAGCUCUUCAUGUUGCAGCCAUGCUCAGUGUGUUGACCUUUUGUAUUUGUCCUUUCUCCAUAUUUUAUGAUGGACAGACCAACAUAGCAAAUGAACAAAGCAAAAUGUUCACCGGCUAUCAUAUAAGUGACUCAACAUCACAAGAGUAUCACUGUCUAAAUGGAUAUUUAUUCCAGGAUGGGAAGUUGCCUCAUCAACUCUUAACAAGAAACCUAUGUUUUUCUCAGAGUGAAUAACUACUUGUAACCACCAUUAGAUACAAGCAAGACAUGGGGUUUUCCAGUUUAAUAAAAUUAAGUGAGAGUGAAUGCCAUCCUGUACUUACUUCCAAAUAUGGUGAACAUAACAUACCCUGUGAUUUCUGAUGUUUUUUUUUUGUUGU